UAUUUACGUACGGACUAUCAUUUAUUACAAACAGAACUACACUAACUACCGAAUCUUAAUGAAAUCUUUCCCUUUCACUCAUCCAGUCAUCCUCCCAACGAGCAUGACGUGAUCCCUUUUGUUCCCAUUAAAGCACACUUCACUCUUCAAAACCCGAUUCACUCUUCCUCACCACCUUACUGAAUCAACAAUGGCUGUCGCCAGGUCUCUUUCCGUACUGUCUCUGAUUCUCUCUCUCGUCAAUGUCACUCUCGCUCGUUCUCUCUACUCCACAACAGUACUCGACGUCGCCUCUUCACUCCAACAAGCCCGAGACAUUCUCUCCUUCGACCCACAACAAACACUCGAAUCCUCCACUCAGCAAUUCACCAAGCCACCCUUGUUUUCCAACUCUUCUUCAUUAUCUCUUACCCUCCACUCACGAGAUAUCAUCUACAAGACGCAUGCGGAGGACUACAAGAGCUUAGUUCUCACUCGACUCGAGCGCGACUCAGCUCGAGUCGACUCACUCAACACAAAGCUCAAUCUCGCUUUGAACACCAUCAACAAGCACGACCUCAAGCCGGUGGAAGUCGAAAUCCAACCGGAGGAUUUGUCAACGCCAGUCGUCUCCGGAUCGAGCCAAGGCAGUGGAGAGUACUUCACUCGGGUCGGAGUCGGGAGCCCCGCCAAGAAUUUCUACAUGGUUCUGGAUACGGGCAGCGACGUAAAUUGGCUCCAGUGCCAACCAUGCUCCGACUGCUAUCAGCAAACCGACCCGAUCUUCAACCCAGCAGCGUCGACUUCCUACAGUACACUGACUUGCAACUCUCCACAGUGCAGAUCUCUAGAGAUGUCUGGUUGCCGAAGCGACAGAUGCCUCUACCAAGUGUCGUACGGCGACGGAUCGUACACUAUGGGCGAACUCGUGACCGAAACAGUGUCCUUUGGCAACUCCGGUGCUAUGAACAAAAUCUCAUUAGGGUGCGGGCACGACAACGAAGGGCUUUUUGUGGCCUCGGCCGGGUUGCUUGGACUCGGCGGUGGAAAGCUCUCACUCACUUCGCAAAUCAAAGCCAACUCGUUUUCUUACUGCCUGGUGGAUCGUGACUCGUCCAGGUCUUCUACUCUGGAGUUCAACUCGGCGCAACUCAGAGACUCGGUGACCGCUCCAUUAAUGAGAAAUAGCAAGAUCGCUACGUUCUACUACGUUCAGGUAAUCGGAAUGAACGUCGGCGGGAAGCCGGUAUCGAUCCCGCCAGAGAUUUUCCAGAUGGACGACUCCGGUAGCGGCGGAAUCAUCGUGGACUGUGGAACCGCGAUAACUCGGUUGCAGACUGAAGCUUACAACUCGCUUCGCGACUCGUUCACAAAGCUCACUGGGAACCUGCGUCGGACGAAUCCCGUGGCAUUGUUUGACACCUGUUACGAUAUGUCGUCCUUAUCCAGUGUGAGGGUCCCGAAGGUGUCGUUUCGCUUCGCUGGUGGCAAGACUCUUGACUUACCGGCGAAGAACUACCUGAUUCCAGUGGACUCAAGUGGGACGUACUGUUUCGCUUUCGCCCCAACGUCGUCGCCCAUGUCAAUCAUCGGGAAUGUGCAGCAGCAAGGGAUCCGGGUCCGCUUUGAUUUGGCUAAUAAUCGGGUCGGGUUCUCACCCAAUAAUUGUUGAUUGGAUAGUAGUAGGAGACUGUAAUACAGGUUUUGGUUGGUAAGGGAAUUGACUUUCCUAUCCUUGGUGAAAAAAGUAAUUUAAAGGGGGAAUAUAUUAUUGCCUACCAUCACAGGAUAGGAAUAGUCCCGUAGUAAAAGGAGAAGAUACCUUAUUUUAUGGUCAGAAUUGUAAGAACUCGAACUAAUAUAAUAUAACAAACAUCCCAGGUACCUUUCAACUGUACUGUUGAGUUGGAGGCGCAUACUGGUAGGAUCUUAUAUCAUAAUUGUUAUUGUUAUAAAAGUUUGGUGAGUAAUUUGUAUGCAAACUUGGUUUGUGGUUUGUGGUGAAGACUUAUUUCUAAAUAAAAAAGCUGAUGUUUGUUAUAAGA